AUGAGGCAGCAAGAGACUCUUCAGAUGAUGAGGCAGGAUGUCAUGCCUCGGGAGAGGCGUCUGGCGGAUCACAAAGCAUCUUUGGAUGCAAGAGAACAAGAGAUCUCCCUUCGGGAGGAGAAUCUUGAAGCCACCCUCCGCGCCAAGGACGAGAGCUUGGAGACCAUGGUGCAGCAGCAGACCAAACAACUCAAGGAUGAGCACGGGGCUGCUCUGGACACCCUCUCUACUGGUCAUGCCGCCCAACUGAAGAAGCUUGUUGAUGAUCUGGAUUUCGCAUCCUCUGCCAAGGUUGAGCUCGACCGGCAGGUGGCCAAACUGAAUGAAGACCUUGCCGGGAGUACCAAGGAGGUGGAGGAAUUCAAAGAAGAGGCACGACAAGCAGAGCUCCAUCUGGCUGAUGUGCAAUCGCAGCUCUCCUCCAAGACCCAAAGCCUUGAAGCCACCAACAGCAACAUUUCUGAUAUGACGGCACGGAUUGGCUCGUUGGGGCAGUCGCCAGAGCCCCUUGAGUCCUGGAAGCAGCUGCUAUCUAAAGAGUUGGAAAACGCCAAGCGCCUCCGGCAAGAUGCAGAAGAUAAGUUGAAGAAUCGGGUCGACAUGAGCAACCUCUGGAUCAAGAGCCUCGUCGAUAUUGCCGAACGCCUUGGCGCCCAAGCUGCGGCGAUGGGUAUGGACGGCCAAGUCUACUCAGCCAGCGAGCAGGAGGUCCCGAGUGUCAAGCUGGGGAUCUUCUUCCAUUGA